UGAAGUCAUAUAAAAUGAUUAUUGGACCAGUUAUUAUAUUGUUAUAUUGAAUAUGUGAUUUAAGGUUAGUAAAAUGGGGUUAUUAAAGUGCAUGCGUAUCCACAUUAGAACAUGUGAAAUAAUAAAAGAAGCAAUAUGCCAACAGUUGAGGUGAUACUGAUUUGAAAGAAAUUGGGACAUGUCUUACUGAUGAACUCUGAUUUACAAGAACAACCCAGUACCUCUUGGUCUAUUCAAAUUCUCUGGUUUUAUAUAUGAAUAAUCUAUUCUACAUGCAUUCACCUCCAGUAUUUAUUAAAUAUCUGGGAACUAGUUUUUGCAUAUUCAUUGGUGAGAGGAGAGUGGUUAAAUGUGGUUAAAUAAAGAUAUUUAUUAAAUAUCUUUUGUGGAUGGUUAUAGAUUCUAAUGUGUCAAAGGAUAAAUAAUAAUUUUGGCUUUAUGUAGGCAAUUGAUAUUUGUUAAUUCUAGACACUUCUGAUGAUCUGAUUCUAUUAAGUUUUACUUGACCUUCAAUCUGCAGGGGUGAUUAAAAUAGGACUCAUUACAUUUUAUAUGUCAGUCAGUGUGAAAUACUCAGACUUGAAGCCUCACAUCUCAGAGCUUGCCGAGUUCAUUUCGAAGGAGCUGGCUGUUAAUGUUUCCCAGGUUCACUUGAUGAAUUUCACGUCUAAAGGGAGCAAUAGCCUCAUUAGAUGGGCAAUUUUUCCACCUGAAUCUGAGGAUUACAUUGCCAAUGCUACUGCAAUGGAUAUUAUAGCCAGGUUGAAUGAAAAUCGUGUGCAUCUUCCUGAUAGUUUUGGAAGUUACAAAUUGUUUCAAUGGAACAUUGAGCCCCCUCCUGUGAGGACGUGGUGGCAGCAACAUUUGGUGGUUAUAGUUUCAAUAUCAGUUUUUAUGAUAGUAUUAGGAUUAUUGGCUUCUGGGCUAUGGUUUCUUUGGAGGAGAAGGGAGCAAUCUCUAGUUUCAUACAAGCCUGUUGAUUCUGCUGUUCCGGAACAAGAACUACAGCCGAUAUAAUAAAAACUAAUACACAAGCUGAGAUGGUUUUAGGCAAAAGUUAUUGAUCGUCAACUCAACAUGCUAUGGGCCAUCCAUAUAAGUACAAAAAGAAUCAUACAGGGCAUUAGGGUUUCCUGUGUCUUUUGUUUAUUCAAGUUUCAUCACACAUGCGAAUACGUGACAGUUUUUAUUGAGCAUAACCAAUUUAUAUGGAUAUGUAUAUAUGUGAAUAGAUCUGUCAUCUAACCAAUAGAUUUGCCGAACAGGUGAUGUAUUCCAUUUUGAUUUCACAAAUUGUACUCGUAAUUUAACGUUGUAACAUAGAUUAAAACCCGAAUGUUUCCUCGUUAAGGACGCCCUACAUUGUAACAAAUAGGUUGGAUAUAAGUAUUGUGAAUUAUUUGUUUUAAGUAAAUGAAAAUUAUUGCUGUUUCCCGAGUAA